AUGGAAAGAAUGAUCAAGUUGAGAAAUCUUGAUAUUAGAGAAGCUGGUUUGGAAUAUUUACCGGAAGGAGUUAGAAACUGGAAGUCUCUCCAAACCUUAAGCAAUUUUAUUGUCAGUUCUGCAACCGAAGGUUGUAAAAUUGAAGAAUUAAAGCACCAUAAUCUCUUACAAGAUUGUGUAAAAAUAGAAUGGGUAGGGGACCUAAAAUCUGUAGAGCAAGCGGCUGAAGCCAGACUUCAAGCGAAGAGUCAACUCACCGAGCUUGAAUUAGAUUUUUACUUUGGUGAAGAAAUAGUACUGGCUUCCACGCCAGAGGCAUUAGAGGAGAAGAGACUAAUGGAGAGCGUGUUAGGGGUUUUACAACCCCAUUCGAACUUGAAGAAGUUCACCAUAAGCGAGUACUCAGGUUUCAAGUUCCCAAGUUGGAUGGGGGAUACAAUUACAGCAGCUCAAGGUUGGGAAGUUUGGGAAUUCGCUAAUGGAGAGAUACAGGUGGGUGUGAUGAUGCCUCGUGUUACAAGCAUUAACAUCCACAACUGUCCAAAUUUAAUUGCAUUUCCAGCUCUGAAUAAGCUUCCAUCUCUUAAAAAGCUUAAGAUAGAGUAUGCGGAUAAGUUGACUAGUAUCAGUCGUGAAUUCUACUGUAAUGGAUGCAAUACAUUAUUGUUCCCAAAGUUGGUUGAUCUCGACAUCGGUAAUAUGAAAAAUCUGGAGGUACUUGUUUUGGGUGCGAUAACAGAUGGAGAAAAAGUGGAUACCAGCAGUGAUAUUGGCAUAUUGCCAGGUCUCAAAAGCCUAACUAUUCAUGGUUGCCCAGUGUUGAAGUCAUUGAGAUUUCUGACCAAGUCUGUACCGUCCCUUGAAGAAAUUCCUUGGUGGACCUUGAAAGAGUUUAAAUUUAGAGGAGACGAACAAGAAGAAGAAGAAGAAGCGGAUUUAUCUCUUCUACCUCGUCUUCUUAAUUUAGAUUUUCUUGAUUCUGAAGAAGAAUAA